AUGGUGGACUACUACCAAGUGCUGGGCGUGCCCCGGCAGGCCUCCACCGACGCCAUCAAGAAGGCCUACCACAAGCUGGCGCUCAAGUGGCACCCCGACAAGAACCCCGAGAACAAGGAGGAGGCAGAAAAGAGAUUCAAGCAGGUGGCCCAGGCCUACGAGGUGCUGUCGGACGCCAGGAAACGCGGCGUCUACGACCGCUAUGGCGAGGCGGGCGAGGACAGCGCGGGCGCCGCGGGCCGCCCCUGCCACGACCCCUUCGAGUGCGUCUUCAGCUUCCGCGACCCCGCCGACGUCUUCAGGGAGUUCUUCGCGGGCCAGGACCCCUUCUCCUUCGACUUCUUCGGGACCCCGCUGGAGAACAUUUUGGGGGGUCACAGGACCCCUCGCAGAAGCAGGAGCAGGGGGUUCACACCCCUUUUCUCCACCUUCACUGAAUUUCCAGCUUUUGGGGCUCACUUCUCUCCAUUCCACACAAGAUUCACAUCCUAUGGUUCUCUGAGAAAUGGAGGUCUUUCUUCUUUCUCCAAGUUCUGUGGUGGGACAGACAGCUUCAAGUCUGCGUCCACUUCCACCCAAACAAUUAAUAGCAAAAGUAUCACCACUAAAAGAACCGUGGAGAACGGCCAGCAGAGGAUGGAAGUAGAAGAAGACUGA